ACGAGGACACUCAGUCACCACCCAGACCUGACGGAGGAUACAGCUGCUGCCUCUUCCACCACCACCACCACCACCACCACUACUACUACUACUACUACUACUACUACAAUGGCCAGCCGUGUUAAGUCUUUCUACGAGCUCAGUGCUAAGGCUCUCUCCGGUGUGGAGGUACCGUUCAGCAAGUACCGUGGGAAGGUCGUACUGAUCCAGAACACGGCGUCUCUCUGAGGUACGACCACGCGGGACUUCCUCGAGAUGAACCAGCUGAUCGAAAAGUUUGGUGACCGUCUCGCAGUCCUCGCGUUCCCCUGCAAUCAGUUUGGUCACCAGGAAAACACCACUCACGAGGAGCUUCUGAGUUCCCUGCGCCACGUUCGUCCUGGUAACAACUUUGAGCCCAAGAUGGAGAUGUUUGGCAAGGUGGAGGUCAACGGAACGGGCACCCACCAGGUCUUCCAGCUGCUGAAAGAGGCGCUGCCGUUGCCCGUGGACGACCCAGUGAGUCUAAUGGCGGACCCCAAGUGUAUCAUCUGGAACCCCGUGACACGCUCUGAUGUUGCCUGGAAUUUUGAAAAGUUCCUUGUUGACUCCAGCGGCAAGCCAAUUAAAAGAUUCAGCAAGAAAUUCCCAACCAAGGACCUGGACACCCACAUAGAAAAACUGCUUGAGUAGGACCCCCGUAGGACUCCCUGAAGGACUCCACCCCGCCACAGGCCCCUCCUAGCAUCCCUCAACCCCCAGCCCCUCGCAGGACCCCACAGGACCCACACAGGACCCCCCAAAGGACUCUCUAAUGAAGGACCCUCUUUAAACACUUCUACGUGAGAGAGAGGCUGGAAAAAAUGAGUCUGGGGUGUUUUGUGUGUGUUUGUUGGGGUUCCUAUGGGGGGUGAAGGGGUGAAGGGGUGCUGGAGGGGUGGUGGGGGGCGUAGGGGUGUCUAGGGGUGUACAGGGGUGUAGGGGGGUGGAAAGUUGUGGCAUUAAAGGUGAAUACUUGUGGAUUUUGUUAUGUGGUUGUAGUUUAACUGUGAAGGUGACAGGAGUGGUUAACGCGUCACGACAUGGCGGUCAUAAGGCGCCCGUACAUGCACACUUUUAAGACAGCUAGUUGCACCAUUACUAAAAAAAAAAAAAAAAAAGAUGGAAAGUUAAUUUUACUGUGAUAGGAAGAACAUUGAGAAAAGAUAGGAAGGAAUUAGGGAAAAGAUAGGAAGGAAAUAGAGAAGAGAUAGGAAGGAAAUUGAGAAAAAAGAUAGGAAGAGGAAAGUAGAGAGAGAUAGGAAGAGAAAAUUAGAGAAAAGAUAGGAAGAGAAAAUUAGAGAAAGAUAGGAAGAGAAAAUAGAGAAAGAUAGGAAGAAAAUAGAGAUAAGAUAGGAUAGGAAGAAAAUAGAGAAAAGAUAGAUAGGAAGGAAAUUGAGAAAAGAUAGGAAGAAAAUAGAGAAAAGAUAGGAAGAAAAGGAAAAGAUAGGAAGAAAAAGAAAAGAUAGGAAAAAUAGAAAAAAUAGGAAGAAAAAAUAGAGAAGAAAGUAAUUGGGUAAGGAAAGUAACUAACUGGCUAAUGAAAAGUAACUGACUGAGAAAAGUAAUAAUUAUAUGUACGAGAAAAGUAAGUAAUUCUUUAAGUAAUUAUUUAAGUAAUGAGAGAAAUUUAAAUAAUUGACUGAGGAAAAUAAUGAAAUGGCCAAAGGGAAGUAAUUGAAAAAAAGUAAUUGACUGAAAGGAAAGUAAUUAUUUGUAAGUAAAGUAACUGGUUGAGAAAAGUAAUUAUUUAAGUAAUCAGAGAAAUCUAAAUAAUUGACUGAGGAAAAUAAUGAAAUGGCUGAAUAAAACAAAUAAUUACUCCGAAAGAUAAUUACACAAGCAAAUUAAUUAUAUAAUGUAUGUAAUUAUAGUAAUGGCUGGCAUGGAGUGAAAAAGUGUCUGUAAGUGUGUAAGUAAGAUUGUAAGUAGAUGUGUGUGUGUGUUCUCAGGAAUUAAAGUGUACCAAAAGAU